UGUAAACCCCGGGAUUUGGGGCGUGAACCCCGGGAUUUGGGGCGUCAAACCCCGGGAUUUGGGGUGCAACCAUCGCGAUCCCAACGGGAUUCGCGGCGCGACUGUCGCGACACGGCCGCUGUGCCGCCCCCCCAGGGCCCCGCCCGGCGCCGUGCCGGCCCCGCUACGCACGUGGUGUUCCUGAAGACGCACAAGACGGGCGGCAGCAGCGUGCUGAACCUGCUGUCGCGAUACGGCGAGUCGCGACGGCUGCGCUUCGCCCUCCCGCGCCGCUACCAGUUCGGCUACCCCGCGCCGUUCCGCGCCGAGCGCGUGCGCGGCUUCAGCGCCGGGGGGCGCAAGUUCGACAUCAUCUGCCACCACAUGCGCUUCAACCUCAGCGAGGUGCAGCGGGUGAUGCCCAACGACUCGUUCUACUUCUCCAUCGUGCGCGACCCGGGCGCCGUGGCCGAGUCGGCCUUCUCGUAUUUCCGCGCGGCCGCCCCGGCCUUCCGGAACUCUCCGUCGCUCGCCGCCUUCCUGGCGGCGCCGUCGCGGUUUUUCCGCGCAGGGCAGCGCGGCAACCACUACGCGCGCAACCUGCAGUGGUUCGAACCGGCCUGCCCGGAGGCGCGGAGCCGGGCGCGCGUCCCGGCGCUGCUGGGCGAGCUGGAGCGCGUCUUCCUGGUGCUGCUGGCCGAGCGCCCGACGAAGUCGCUGGUGCUGCUGCGGCACCGCCUGUGCUGGCCGCGGCGACGCCGUCGACCUGUUCCCGCAACGCAGCGGCGCGCGCCCCGGCUGUCCGCGGAGCAGCUGCGGCGCGCGCGCGCCUGGAACUCGCUGGACUGGGCGCUCUACUCGCAUUUCAAUCGCAGCUUUUGGCGCGAGGCCGAGCGCCGGGCUGGCUGGCGCUGCGGCGCGAGCGGCGAGCUGCGGCGGCGCCGCCCAGCGCCCUGGCGCGCUGUGCCUGCAGGGCGGGGGCCCCGUGCCCCGGGCGCCAUCGCCAGCGAAGCGCUGCGCCCGUUCCAGCCGCCCGGCGCCGCCCGCCAUCCUGGGCUGCCGCGCUGCGCCCGGGGCGCUCGCGCCAGCGCGGCGCUGCCGGCGCCUGGCGCUGCCCGAGCUGCCCUACAAGGACCUGCUCGAGCAGAUCCAGUUCGGCGCCGCCAACGGCACCGCUGCGUGAAAAUCCUGGCUUUUCUGGAAUUUUCCCUUAAAAAUCCCCGCGAAAUUCCCUUCGAAAUCGGCCGCUUUGGGGCUGGAACCACCCCCGGGCCUCGGUUUCCCAUUGGCUAA